AGAAGAGGGUCGGUCGAGAUGUCUACGCGGGUGCCGAAGAAAGGUGGCAAGAAGCUGAUUGGCGAGGGCGCGAAGAAAGUGGAUAAAAAGCGUAAGAAGAGCCGCAAGGAGUCUUACUCCAUUUACGUCUACAAGGUGCUGAAGCAGGUGCAUCCAGACACGGGUAUUUCUUCUAAGGCCAUGAGCAUCAUGAAUUCUUUCGUGAGCGAUCUCUUCGAGCGCAUUGCUGCCGAGGCGUCACGCUUGGCUUUGUACAACAAGCGAUCGACCAUCAGUUCGCGAGAAAUCCAGACCGCCGUGCGCCUGCUGCUGCCCGGGGAGUUGGCCAAGCACGCGGUGUCGGAAGGCACAAAGGCUGUCACCAAAUACACCAGCUCGAAGUAAAAUGCAAAGAGGAGAGGCAAUGUCGUCAACUAC